AAACUUUAUAACCUCACUUUUUUGUUUUGAUUUUCUUGUCAAAAGUAAAAUUUUACUAAAAAUGAAGUGUAUUUUAUUGCAAGGUGCACCAGGAAUCGGAAAAACUACGUUAAUAAAAAAAGUCGUUGAAAAUAUUAAUAAAUCUGGAAUUACUGCUGAUGGAUUUUUUACUGAAGAAGUUAAAGUAGGACGGGGUAGAAUUGGCUUUGAUAUAGUAACUUUAAAAAAUGAACGAGGCAUAUUAGCAAGGAAAGGAUCUCCAAAUAAUUCUGCAAUAAAACUUCCCCAAGUGGGUCAGUACACUGUAUAUUUAAAUGAUUUUGAAAAAUUAGCUUUGCCAGUUUUCAACAAUGUAAGUUUAGGUAUGGGUAACAUAAAAAAAGUUUCAUAA